AUGGAGGCUUCGGGGACCCCGGCGGGGUGUGGCGCUUCGGCCCAGGCGCUGGUGCCCGUGCAGGCCGAGGCUUCCGCCGUAGCUCUUCCGAAGGAGGCCCCCCAGGAGGCCCCCAAAUGCCGCAAGAGGGUCCUGGACGAGGACGCCUACAUCCAGAGCCUGGAAAAAAUCAUCCAGAGGGAUUUUUUCCCUGAUGUGGAGAAGCUGCGCGGCCAGAAGGAAUACCUGGAGGCUGAAGAGAGCGGCGAUCUGGAGAAGAUGAGACAGAUAGCCAUCAAGUUUGGCUCCUCCUUGGGCAAAGCUGCCAGAGAUACACCUGCACCUUAUGUCACCCCGGCAACUUUUGAAACCCCCGAAGUUCACCCCGGUGAUUCUUCUGUGCUGAAUAAGCCCAAGUUCACCACGAAAUCUCUAGAUGAAGGAGAAGCCGAGGAGGAAGAAAACAAAGAUGCCCUGCCCUGUCUGGAUAAAUUCUUGGCCAAACACACCAGCGAGGAUAAUGCUUCCUUCGAGCAGAUCAUGGAAGUCGCCAAAGAGAAGGAGAAAAUGAAGCAUUCUUGGCUUUACGAAGCCGAAGAGGAAUUUGCCCAGCGCCAUCAGGAGCAGCUAGCUCUCCCAUCAAUGGAGGAGCAGCAAGCGCUGGGGAGUGGGAAAGCUGGAGUAGAGACAUGGGAAUACAAGGCAAAGAAUUCGCUGAUGUAUUAUCCACCAGGAGUUCCUGAAGAGGAGGACGUGUUUAAGAAGCCACGUGAGGUUGCUCACAGGAACACCCGUUUCUUGAAGGACCCGUUUAGUCAAGCAGUGAGCAAGACCCAGCUUCAGCAAGCAGCAGCCCUCAAUGCUCAGUACAAACAAGGCAAAGUGGGGCCUGAUGGGAAGGAGCUUAUUCCCCAGGAAUCUCCGAAGGUAAACGGAUACGGAUUCGUGGCCACACCCUCCCCUGCUCCCGGUGUGAAUGACUCCCCUCUUAUGACCUGGGGCGAGAUAGAAGGCACCCCUCUGCGGUUGGAAAGCUCUGACAUGGACCGGACGCCAGGACCGGCUUUCAAGAUCCUGGAACCCGGACGCCGGGAGAGGCUAGGGCUUAAGAUGGCCAAUGAGGCAGCUGCUAAAAACAGAGCUAAGAAACAAGAAGCCUUGAGGAGAGUCACAGAGAACCUGGCCAGCCUCACUCCGAAAGGCCUCAGCCCAGCCAUGUCUCCCGCCUUACAACGUCUCGUGAACCGCACCGCUAACAAGUUCACUGACAAAGCUCUCCGGGCCAGUUACACCCCUUCCCCUGCACCUGAGAGGACGCCUGGCUACAAGACGCCUUCGGCUGGCCUGCAGACCCCCACGGUCACCCCAACGUCCGGGACGCUCUCUCAAACCCCAGUGGCUCAGGAUCCCACCUCUAUCACGGACAAUCUCUUGCAGCUGCCCAAAAGACGUAAAGCAUCCGACUUCUUUUGA